CCCCCUUCACUCAUCUCCUCUCUCUUCAAGAAAACCCUAACCAAAAUCACCAUCACCGCCAGUUCCACCGAAGGACCAGCGAACAAAAGCCGAUUUCGGCGUCGCUGACACCAUCUCCCAUCAACCCCAUUCCCUUUUCAAGAAACAGAGCUUCGAACAGCUCGUCCAAGUCGAAUCAGCCCCCCCCCCCCCCUCCCCACCCACCAAAAUCGAGAAGCACGCAAGGAUCUUUGGGUUUCUAGGCCGAUCUUCCAACAAUCCCCUAGGUAAAGGCUCGUUUCAGUUCGUUGGAGCCUAAAACCAUGAAGAAACCACUAGAUUCAGACCUCUAGCAUUCAAAUCGCUCUGAAAAGCUCUCGGCUAAGCAAAAACUACUUCGAGCGGAUUCGAAGACUCGACGAUGACAAUAGCCUCAGUUUGCUGUCACGGAUAAGAUGGAAAUUAACCAAAACCUACCAAAUAUCCAAAUGAUAGUCUCAUCUCCUCACGACCUGCAAACUUGGUGGAGGAACAUAAAAGUGGCACACGGAGAGGAAAUCCGACAACAUCUGGGGUCGUUAAUGUCACUAAUGGGUAUCCAAGCUAACAAAACUCUCAUCGAGCUACUGAUAGAAUUUUGGGAUCCCGCCAGUGUAACCUUCAAUUUUUUGGAUUUUGAGAUAACCCCUACUUUGGAGGAAGUUUGUGGAUUCACCGACUUACCAUUUGAGGGAAGAAUGCCGGUGUUACCAUCCUUCAUAUCGGGAGAGAGAUUCUUGCGCAUUUUGGGAUUUAAUGUCUACCCGGUCUUGAGGAACGUGGAAAAUGAUCGAGUGAAGUUUGACUUUCUUUUUCAGAGAUUUGGGCGCCGAGAAAGCUUUGAUCGAUAUCGGGAUGAGUUUGCGUGUGACCGCGGAAGGUGGGAGAAAAUGCGGCCACGAGCCUUCGCCAUAGCCUUGUUGGGAGUCUUGGUCUUCCCAAAGAGAGCCUACCGAAUCAAUAUUAACCUUUUGCCACUUGUUAUGAAUAUCUUCUCGGGACAGGAUGAAUUGACAUUGGUCCCUAUGAUCCUCGCGGAGACACUCCGAGCUCUAUCGGCUUGUUCAAGAGGGCAUAACUUUUUUGAGGGGUGUAAUCUCUUGCUGCAGUUAUGGGCCAUGGAACACUUCUAUACUCGCCUCCCCAUCAUGGAUUACUGCAUAGAUACUCGUAGCAGAAUUCAGAGCCACAAGGAAAGAAUGAGGUACUGGCCUGAACCUAUAGGAGAGGAGGAGUGGCGCGCAUUCUUGGUUCAGCUCACGGGAGAUGCUAUUCAGUGGAAAUACCCCUAGCUAUUAGGGAGACCUUUGGUAAGAACUGCAAAUCUAUACUUCUUUGAGUUGAUCGGGUUGGACGGGAUUCAGCCAUAUGCGCCUCUCAGAGUCUUGACGCAGUUUGGAGUUACACAAAAUGUCCCAGUCUGGUCCUAUAUGGCACUGCAUGAAGAUAACUAUGAUAGGGUGGUUCCAGUAGCACGAGUGAGAAUUCUGCAAAGAGAAUGGCUGAACAUGAUCACAAUUGGUAUGGGUGACGAGAGUUGGUGCACACCCGAGUAUUAUGCCUGGUAUAAUGUGGGAGGCCUGGCACUUUUGCCAACCGAAGACGGAUUCGAUGGGCUCACGGACUAUGAUGUAGCCGCUUGGCUUACAGUUGAGAUAUUGCCUUUCAUGAACGUCAACAAUGACAUGUACAAAAGCGUAGUAGUUCCGGUUCGAUAAACCAUUUGAUACAGCUGGUAGAAGAGGAAGAUCCGGUAGAGCCGGAAGAAGAGAUGGAAGAGGAUCCAGAAGAAGAUCCGACAGAGCAAGAUGAACCAAUGGAAGAGGAUCCAGAAGAAGAUCCAGAAUGGGAAUCAGAGCAUAAUCUUGUAAUGGAGAUAGAUCCGGAGAAAUCACCUGAGUAUACUCCAGCAGGAUAUCCAGAGGAGGAACUAGAGGUGCAAUCCGAGUACAGGCCUGCAGUACAUGGUAUAGAGGAGGGACCUGAGUAUGAUCCAGAGGCAGGUUGGGAGAUAGAGACAGACCCAGAGGAAGAACCUGAGUACGACCCAGGGCCCGAUUAUGAUCCAGCAUAUGAUGGGGAUGACAAUGACGGCCCGACAUGGCCCUAGACUAUUUUCUUUCCCCCUUUUUGUUUUCUUUACAUUCCAAAAGAGUGUCGUAUGGCCCAAUCCCUUUGUACGCCCUCGUGGCCACCCUUUGCAUUUUCAUUUCAAAUUUCCAUCGACCCAUUCCUUUUGUAUGCCUUUAUGGCCAUUCCCCCUGUGUUUUAUCUUUCGGGCUCCCAUAGGCCUACUCUUGUAAGCUCUCGAGCAACCUUUUGUUGGAAUGGAAGUUAUGUUUGUUCUAAAAAAUCAAAGAAUGUGUCAAAAAAGGAUCAUCAUCAUCAACUUGUGUGUAACGUAGGCUUACCUCUAGCAAAAAGAGGCCCCACAAUUAGGACGCGCUUGUUUGCACGUCGACUUGACGUAAUUACGUGAUUAAACAUGUUACUCUACUCUUUCUAAAGCUUCCCGGACUAACCUUUUUGUUUUCCAAUUGUCUUUAUUUUGGUUUUAUCCCCCCAACAGAGGUUGAUUUGUGUUGAUCUUCAAACUGGCCGAAUCACACUACAAUUUGAGGUCUAAGGGAAAAAUGACUAUCACCAACGAAGUCAACCCAACUGCUAACCUUUCCAUAACGAAUGAAAAUCCAGGAAGCUCAAGAGAGAGGAUUAAUCUGAACGAUGAAGAAGAGAUCGCUUUGCUAAAGCUACAACUUGACGAACUAAGAGGAGAACUGCGCCAAGUUCGGGACCUGACCCAUCUCACUGUGACUGCUUUCCCAAACCCACCUCACUUUCCGUCCUUGGAUUCGCCUAUUCUAGAACACUUCCCUCCAUCUACACGUCCACCUCCAGUACCCCUUUCCUUUUCCAACCUACCUCCGAUCACUCCCGCGAAUGUACCAAAUCUGCCUAAACAAACCCCUUACAUCCCCAACUACACCCAUACUUCACAAAACCCACUACCAACCCAAACUGCUACCGCACCUACUUACCCCACCGUGCAGCACAUACCAGGGGCACACGUUGACACUUCCCACGAGCAACAUGUGCCACCGGUAUAUGCAGCUGGGGCUCCAACCUUUACCGCUCCUGUCACAGUCAGGGUCCCGUUCGAGGUGGAUCAGUAUGCAGAAAUGGAGAGAGAUGCCAAGAUAGGAGAAGACGAAUCAAUCAUUAGCCAGCUGCACAGUCUAAGGAAAGAAAUGAGGAGCAUGCGAGUCACUCGGGGAAGUGAGAGUUUGGAUUAUGAUGAUCUAUGCAUACACCCGGAUAUUGGCAUGCCAGUAGGGUACAAACCUCCUAAGUUUGAUGUUUUUGAUGGGACAGGUGAUCCUCAUGCACAUUUGAGGGCCUACUGCGACAAGUUAGUAGGAGUGGGAAGGAACGAGAAAUUGAGGAUGAAGUUGUUUAUCAGAAGUUUGUCAGGAGAGGCGCUCACUUGGUAUACUCGCCAAGAUCCUCGCAAGUGGAGCGACUGGCAGGAUAUGGCUGGGGAUUUCAUGACUCGCUUCGGAUUCAACACUGAGAUCACACCAGACAGGUUUUCUUUGAGCAACGUACAAAAGAAAUCAACUGAAUCAUUCCAGGAUUACGCAAGACGUUGGAGAAUUGAGGCUGCCCGAGUUAUGCCCCCAUUGGAUGAAAGUGAGCUCAGCAAGUAUUUCAUUCGAGCUCAGGAAGGCAUCUACUUUGAAAAGAUGAUGGGAUCGAUGGGCCAAAAGUUCGCCGAUUUGGUCAAAAUGGGAGACUUUUUGGAAGAAGGAAUCAAGUCCAGAAAGAUUCAAUCAAUGGCUGCGCUGCAAGCCGCAAGCAAAGCCAUACAGUCAGGUUCCAUCAGCGGAAUUAAGAAGAAGAAGGAGGACGUAUCUAAUAUCACACCUUACCACCAGCGAGGAGAGUCAUCUCGCCCAUACCCCACAAACCCCCAAAUCUUUGCUCAUGCCCCUUAUGUCCCAUACCCAGUUUAUAAUGCCCAACCACAUUACAACCCACCACGAGCCCCCACUUACCAAAACCCUCCAAGACCUUACACCCCUAUCCAAGCACCCGUCCACCAAAAUAGACCACCAUAUGCCCCAAGACCUCGCCCAACUCCCGAAGUCAGAAAUACCCGAACCUACACCCCCAUAGCCGAGCCUUUAGCCUAGU